AUGUCAGGAAGCGAGACUGACCUACAGCUAGAAUCAUACUCAUGUGCAAGAUGCAGGAGGCUCAAGAAGAAAUGCUCGAGAGAAUCACCUAUAUGCUCUCAUUGUAUGCGUUCUAAGAAAGAAUGUGUCUAUCCUGGUAAAGCACCCAGAAGGACAAAGAAACAACUUCAACUGGCCGAAGAGAGAGGCGAAUUCACUCCAAGUAAAAGACAUAAGCUCUCAGGAUCAAGAAAUGGAUCCACUUCUACAUCAAACAGUGGUACUGGAACAAACACCUCACCUCGUGAUACGACAGGAAUCGGUAUAAUGAAGUCGCCGCCUUCGUCGUCAUCGCAACAGUUUGAUAAUGUAUCAUCGUUGAUCUCAGUGUUAUCUUCAAUGGAUAACAAACAUGUAAACAUGCAAGGUAAUUCUGCAACUACACCACAGACUAAUGAAACCUCACCUUUGAAUCAGGAAUCGUCGACCGGAGACAUUAGGUCACCGGAAGCUCCAGUGACCCAAUAUAUGACUCCGAUGGGUCUACCGUUAUCACCGAAUACUGCGUCUGUAUCGAAUAAUAACAAUAAUAAUAAUAAUAAUAAUAAUAAUAAUAUGCAGUUACCUGCCUUAAUACCAAAUGCUAAUACAUUAGCCACAAGUGCAUCAUCUAUGUCUUUACCUUUAAAGCUAGAAGAUAACAGUAAGAUGGGAUUCUCACCAAAGACAAGUACUUUGAUUUCAAAUUUAUUAAGUGAUCCACGUGCUACGCCUGGCUCUCUACAAGGUUCAUCGUUAGUUAACACAAAUGCAACCACAAGGACUGAUCCAUUAAAUCAUACCCUUGGUGUUACAGGCUUUGAUGCGAUGGAAUCUGCCGUAGGUGCACCAUCACCCAUCCCAAGACUUGAAUCCACACCUAUCCAAGCUCCUUUUUUUGAAAUAGAGACUAUUAAUUCAGUAUUCCAAGGUGGGAAAAAACCUACCGAGUUGAACUCAAAUGGAACAUUCAAGACUCUUGAUAGAAAUUUAAUGGAUAGAUUCAUUGCUGCAUAUUUUAGACAUAAUCAUAGAUUAUUCCCAAUGAUUAACAAGAUUGAUUUCUUCAAGACAUUAUGUAAGAUUAAAGAAUACAAUUUCGAAACUUUGGGCCAAGAUUUUGAUGACCUAUAUAUCUUCAAGCUUUACAUGAUUUUGGCUAUUGGAUGUACAACGUUACGUAGAGCUGGCAUGCUUCUAAAAGAUGAAGAAGAAUUAAGUGAACAUCUUGCUUAUUUGGCAAUGACCAAAUUCAAGGCUGUAACCUAUUUACAAAAUAUGGAUACCAUUCAAUGUCAUCUAUUGUUAGGGAUAUAUUCGUUCUUUGAACCAAAGGGUUGGUCAUCGUGGACCAUAAGUGGGAUUAUCAUGAGAUUAACAAUUGGCCUAGGCUUGAAUAGAGACCUACCACCAAAAAAGAAAUUGAGUAUGAGUGCGACAGACACAGAGGCUAGAUAUAGAGUGUUCUGGAGUGCAUAUUGUUUUGAGAGACUGGUUGCUACUGUCCUUGGUAGGAUAUCUGCCAUCGAUGAUGAAGAUAUUACAAUUCCAUUACCACAUCCAUUAUAUGAAGGUGAACAGGAUGAAAUCGACGUCACAAAUACAAUGAUUAGUCUAAGAAAAAUGAGCGGGCUUAUUUAUCAAAAAGUACAUGCAGUCCGUUGUGGGAAGAUGAACCUAACCAAUGAACAAAAACAGAAAAUCAUUUCUGAUAUUAGAUUGCAACUGGAUGAAGUCUAUGAGUUUGAAAAAAAUAAGAUGCAAAAACAAAAUGCAGAACAUAAGGAUGAUAAUUUAACUGUAAUAUCAUUUCAUAGUUCCAGUAUUUGGUUAGCAAUGAGAUAUGCUCAAUUACAAAUCUUGUUAUACAGACCAUCUACAUUGAUCCCUAAACCACCUAUUGAAUCCCUAUCAAUUCUAGGUAAUUUCUGUCUGAAAGCAUGGAAACACACCUAUACGUUAUACAGGAAGAAGCUAUUGCCCUUAAACUGGAUUACUUUGUUUAGAACAUUGACCAUUUGUAACACUAUCCUCUACUGUUUAUGUCAAUGGGCAAUCGAUUUAAUUGAAAGUAAGAUUGAAAUUCAACAGAUUGUUGAGAUUUUAGAACAUUUUGGGGCUAAAUGGGUGUUUGCCAAAAAAUGUGCCGAAGUUUUCCAAGGUAUUAGCAAUUGUAUUUUAGAUAUCAGUCUAAGUGAUGGUAAAGUACCAAAUAUGGAUAAACUUACGAGGGAAUUGUUUGGUGCUAAUGAUGCUUAUCAUGACAUUUUGGAUGAGAACAACUUGGAUAUUUCAUGGUCAGAUAAACUAGCCCUUUAA